AUGCUAAAAAAUAUAUGCUUUAGUAAAAACUUUUCUGUGGGACUACUUCAAAUAAGACGGUGUUCUAAUCAGUGUCCUCCGGAAACUCCGCCGACUAUAGAGUCUCCUCCUACACUUCCAUAUCCUCCUGAAGCCUCACCAUGCAACCUGUACCCACCAUUUUACCGUUGUCCAAGGACGAAAUAUGAUGUCAAUUUCAUAUAUAUAAACGAUAAGCCUCCAAGCACGGCUUUAAAAGACUUCGUAGAUAGAACCGCUCAAACACUUUUCUGGACAGAAUUGAUAAGAGGACUUGCUGUAACUCUCGGUCAUAUAUUCAAGGAGCCAGCAACAAUCAACUAUCCAUUUGAGAAAGGUCCUAUAUCACCCAGAUUUCGAGGGGAGCAUGCUCUUAGAAGAUAUCCUUCGGGGGAAGAAAGAUGCAUAGCAUGUAAGCUUUGCGAGGCAUUUUGUCCAGCUCAGGCUAUUACUAUAGAAGCUGAGGAACGCCAAGAUGGCUCUAGACGCGCCACAAGAUAUGACAUAGAUUUAACUAAGUGUAUCUUUUGUGGUUAUUGCCAAGAAGCUUGUCCCGUUGAUGCGAUCGUUGAAGGUCCUAACUUCGAGUAUUCUACAGAAACACAUGAAGAGCUAUUGUAUAAUAAAGAAAAAUUACUCAGCAAUGGAGAUCGCUGGGAACCUGAGAUUAUAAGCAAUAUUAGAGAUAAUCAUCUCUACCGU